AUGGAUGUCCUGCACUGGAUGGAAGUCUACCCAUCAACCAUCACACCCAGUCCAGCCAUGUCUACCCAUCAACCGUCACACCCAGUCCAACCAUGUCUACCCAUCAACCAUCACACCCAGUCCAGCCAUGUCUACCCAUCAACCAUCACACCCAGUCCAGCCAUGUCUACCCAUCAACCAUCACACCCAGUCCAGCCAUGGCUACCCAUCAACCAUCACACCCAGUCCAGCCAUGGCUACCCAUCAACCAUCACACCCAGUCCAGCCAUGUCUACCCAUCAACCAACACACCCAGUCCAGCCAUGUCUACCCAUCAACCAUCCCACCCAGUCCAGCCAUGUCCACCCAUCAACCAUCACACCCAGUCCAGCCAUGUCCACCCAUCAACCAUCACACCCAGUCCAGCCAUGUCUACCCAUCAAGAACCACACCCAGUCCAGUCAUGGCUACCCAUCAACCAUCACACCCAGUCCAGCCAUGUCUACCCAUCAAGAACCACACCCAGUCCAGCCAUGGCUACCCAUCAACCAUCACACCCAGUCCAGCCAUGUCUACCCAUCAACCAUCACACCCAGUCCAGCCAUGUCUACCCAUCAACCAUCACACCCAGUCCAGCCAUGUCUACCCAUCAACCAUCCCACCCAGUCCAGCCAUGUCUACCCAUCAACCAUCACACCCAGUCCAGCCAUGUCUACCCAUCAACCAUCACACCCAGUCCAGCCAUGUCUACCCAUCAAGAACCACACCCAGUCCAGCCAUGGCUACCCAUCAACCAUCACACCCAGUCCAGCCAUGUCUACCCAUCAACCAUCACACCCAGUCCAGCCAUGUCUACCCAUCAACCAUCACACCCAGUCCAGCCAUGUCUACCCAUCAACCAUCCCACCCAGUCCAGCCAUGUCUACCCAUCAACCAUCACACCCAGUCCAGCCAUGGCUACCCAUCAACCAUCACACCCAGUCACGUAUCCAGAAAUGCAAUGGAAUUAGCUGUCCAAAUACAGAUAAUGAAGAAACUGUAUCUCUAGCUGUCAGAGAACAUUAG